CUCACGUAUACUCGAGCCUUAUCACUCGGUUCACUCCCCCUCCUCCUUCAUCAGUUCGCGGGCAUGUUCGACUCGUAUCUCUACUGUUCUUAUACCUGUGUCAUCAUCUACUCCAUCUACGUCUACCUCUGGAUGUCCGUGUUCUUCCACAACCUUCUGAUCUCCGUGUGACCCACGCUCAUCUGUGAUUGAGAAGAGAAAUCCCAGAGGAUGGCGUAUGAUGAUAUCCUAUUGCACCUGGGAGAGUUUGGUCCUUACCAGCGUCGGAUAUAUCUGCUUCUGUGCCUUCCAGCCAUUGUUGUUGCCCUUCACAAGCUAGCAGGAGUCUUCUUACAGGCCAAGGCAGAGCAUAGGUGUUUAUUGCCUUUUGAGUCAGACAAUGCUACCUACUAUGGUCUAACAGAACAGCAGAUGAGGCUAUCCUACCCCUGGGAUUACCUGGCCAAGGGGUACUCCGCUUGUAGGAUGUACGACACCAACUACACUGAGGAAUACUUUCACAACAAUGUCCCUGCCAAUCAGACGGUUACUUGUGACAGAUACGUCUACAACACGGAGAAGUAUCAAAGCACCACUCUGAUGGAAUGGGACCUGGUUUGUGACAGUGCUUGGCUCAAAGCUACAUCUGAUGCAAUAUUCAUGACUGGAGUUCUUUUGGGCUCUUUGAUCUUCGGUGAUCUCUCUGACAGAUUUGGCCGCCGUCCAAUAUUCUUCCUCUCCCUUGUAAUCAUGUCCGUAGCUGGUGUGUUGGCUGGAAUUACUCCAGAUUACUACAGUUACACGUUUUUUAGAAUGAUAGUUGGUGCUGCAACUUCAGGAGUCUUUCUCGUGGCUUAUGUUAUAGGCAUGGAAAUGGUGGGUCCCAAGAAGCGAACAUUUGCUGGUGUAGCAAUCCAGUACUUUUUCACAACUGGAUUCUUGCUCACAGCUGGUUUUGCUUAUUACAUUAAGAAUUGGAGACAUUUACAAAUAGCGUACACGAUCUCUGGAGUCAUCUUUUUCUCUUAUUAUUGGUUUAUUCCUGAAUCUGCCCGUUGGCUGUUGACAAAAGGGCGUAAAGAGGAAGCCAGACUUAUAGUGAAAGCAGCAGCAAAAGAAAACAAAGCAGAUCUGCCAGAUGAUCUGCUAGACAAUCUUCUAACUCCAACAGUUAAUGAGGAAAAGAUGCAGGAGGCUGGAGAGAAGCCUUCUUUGUUGGACCUGUUCAAACAUCCUAAUCUGAGAAAGAAAUCUGUGAUAUUAUUGUUUCUCUGGUUUGUAAACAGUAUGACAUACUACGGCUUGUCGUGGAAUACAUCUAACCUGGGAGGUGGUAACGACUAUCUUAACUUCAUUAUCUGCGGUCUCGUUGAAGUGCCUGCGUAUACGUUCCUGCUGAUGACCCUGGACCACUGGGGGCGCAAGGUCAUCCUCUGUGGCUGCAUGUUGGCUAGUGGCACUGCUCUUCUGCUCACUAUGUUCGUACCUAAUGAUAUGGUUUGGCUGACCAUAACAUUGGCCAUGAUAGGAAAGUUAGCCAUUACAGCCUCUUAUGGAACCAUCUACCUUUUCUCCGCAGAACAGUUCCCCACUGUCAUACGCAAUGUGGGUGUUGGAGCCAGCUCUAUGUUCGCCAGAUUUGGCAGUAUCCUUGCACCCUACAUCAACAUUAUGGCUGAAAUAUGGCAACCACUGCCUCUUCUAAUAUUUGGAGGGUGUGCUCUAGUAAGCGGAAUGCUUGCUUUGAUUCUCCCUGAAACACUGAACAGAAAACUUCCAGAAACAAUAGAGGAAGGCGAGAACUUUGGAAAGAAAUCUAAACUUAAGGUGGUGAAAAAUGGAGAACUGGAUCCAGUUUGUUGAAGAAACUACAUCUUUGGGGCAAUAAUUUCUGCAUU